GAAAACAUACCUUUAAAUAUUAUAUUCAAUUUCUGCCAAUGCAUCCUCCAAAGUGUUACACACUGGACCUUUAAGGUAGUAAGAUACAUGAUAAUGCUGGGAAAAAAAACAUCUAAUCACAUACGUUAAUUGUUUAUCUCAAAUCUCUUCUUGUGGAGUGUCUCUGAUUAUACACUAAUAAAAACAUACCAAUGAAUUCUAUAUUGCAUUGCUGCCAGUGCAUCCUCCUAAAUGUACCUUUAACUAUAAGAACUGAGUACUUCUUCCACCCACAAUAGCGCAUCAACAUCGUCUGUAAGUCAGAAUUCAGGGCUGCGGUUUCUUGUUACGCGCAUGCGCUCUCUGCAAUAAUGAGCCGCUUUGGGUUCUAUUUUAUUUUCCUCUUCUUGUUAUUUAAAAGCCCGAGUUUGAUCCUCCUCUUGUGUUUCGCCAUUUAUGUUUACAUUCACUACAGAACCAGAUAAAGGACAGACAAUGAGACCCUCCUCUCUGGUGUCUGGUGAUCUCUAAUAUUAUUAUAAAACGGUGGUUUUAUGUUCAUGAGUUCACACACGCGUCAUGAGAUCUGUCGUCCUUGUCUCUGCAGCUCUGUGUGGCGUCAGUCUGCAGUGAGGGACUGUGCUGUUCCCGUUUCGGAGGUCGUCCCCAAAAACCCACAAUCAAAAUAAGACGCACGAUAUGUUGAUAAGAGGCUGUUAUAAAUACACAGACACAGAGGAUGUCUGCAUGCAGCCGGCGUUGAACCAGCACAGGGACACAUUCAGCAAUAACAGCUGUUCUCCUCUGACGACACUUUUGCCACAGUUUGAACCGAUGGGUCUCUCACUGUCAGUCAGGUUGUAUAGCAGGGCAGAGGACAGCCCUCCCUCCUCUUCAUCAGCCUUCUCCCCGCUGGCUGUCCCGACCUCCUCUCGCCUAGCAGUCAUUCUCAACUCCUCCCCGGUUGCUCCAGGAGACGGACGCUCGCACUGGAGCUCGGUCCACCGCUCGCCACACUUCUUGCUGUCUGCCUGCAAACAGGAAGUGACACGUUCACCUGUUGAGCGGAGCAGCGAUGGCGUGAGGGCGGAGAUGGGGUUGAAGAGUGGGCUUCACGUGUGGGAGGUGCUGUGGAGCCCCAACCACAGGGGGAGCCACGCUGUCUUGGGCAUUUCCAGGCAGAACUGCCCUCUGCAGGCCUCGGGGUACAACGUGCUGAUGGGUGGAGACUCACAGUCCUGGGGCUGGGAGCUUAAAACCAAUCAGCUCUGGCACAGUGGACAGAGUCUGGGACUUUACCCAGGAAAGAAGAGGAGGUGUCACUCUGAGGCUGUGGAGGAUCUUAGCCCACAGUCUUCCACAAAGAUGGCACAGACACCUCUCCCCGUCCCCGAGCGCAUCCUGAUGGUCCUGGACGCCGACGCAGGGACUCUGGGAUUCAUUGUAGACGGCAGCUUCCUCGGUGUAGCUUUUAAAGACCUUCCUCGUGGAGUGGAGCUGUUCCCCGCAGUGAGCAGUGUGAGAGGUGGAGCCAGCAUACGACUACGAUACCUGAACGGUGCCACAUGUGACCCCCCUGCCCUGAUGGCUUUAUGUGGACUGUCAAUUCGUCAGUUUUUAGGGCAAGAGAGGCAGAAUCAAAUGGACAAACUGCCUCUACCCUCUCGUCUCCAGCGCUACCUGCUUUCUAGUCAAUAAUGUGCACUUACACAUAUACACACAAUAGGAAAGAUUUUGUACCAGAAAUUUAAAGAACAUUUCCUUUUUAUAUGAAAACUUAUGUACAAAUGUAUUUAUUAUUCAUCUUAUUUAUUGCAAAGUAAUAUAUACAUAGUUCACUCAGAAUAUUUAGAUCUGUAAACUAUUUCAAAACAUCGACAGUGAAGAGAGGACAUUUAGGGAUUUUGGUGGGACUAUCAGUGUCUUAAGCUCUGAAUGUUUCUUUCUUUGUGUAUAAAAUAAAUUACUCCAAUUUCAA